UUUGAGGUUAUGUUGCGUGAGUUGCGUGUCUUGGAUUUUAUCAUUUAUCACCUAAUGAGUUAGUGAAUAAUUUUCAGUUUUUCCAAGCGUGUUCACGUUCACGGAAAGAGUUUCAUAAUUUAAUCAUGAUCGGUGUCGAUAUCCCUGAGGAGCUUAGCUCCUUUAUCUUCAAAGUGAAUUCAGAACAAUUAGUGGGCUCCUUCAAUCUGUCUGUUGCCACUGUAGAACUGCUGAAAAACUAUGUGAUGCAAUCAAACUGGAACUCUGCUCAAGAUUUAAUUGAUCUAAUAACCAGAAACGGUAAAAUUUUAAUUACUGCUUUACCAAGACAUUCAUCAGUAGGAAAUUCAGUGCGUCGAAUAUUAAAAAUUAUCAGGGAGGAGUAUUCAACCCUCCAUCGAAGUAAACAAGAAGAAUCCGAUCAGCAGGAAUCAUUGCACAAAAUAGUUAAAUCGGAAGGUGGUGUAGAUGAUUAUACUACGAUUGUACCUGAACUCAAAAAUGCAAUUCUUGAUCACAUCAGCGAAUUUCAAAUGGAACUAGAGACAAGCGGCGACAAUGUUGCGCAGCAAGCUAGAGAACACAUUCAUGCCAAUGAGAUCAUCCUUACCCUUGGCCAUUCGAGAUCUGUUGAAGCAUUCUUGAAGAGAGCUGCUCUAGACCGUAAGUUUGAAGUCAUCAUUGCCGAAGGAGCACCAUCAAAUCAAGGACACAGUCUUGCGGCAAGUUUAGCCAAGAAUAAAAUCCAGACUACUGUAGUGUCUGAUGCUACUAUUUUUGGUAUCAUGUCCAGAGUCAACAAAGUUAUACUUGGUACGCACACAAUUAUGGCGAAUGGUGGUCUGAGAGCAAUUAGCGGGAGUCAUGCUGUGGCUUUGGCAGCAAAGCACUAUUCUGUUCCAGUUAUUGUCCUUGCUCCAAUGUAUAAAUUAAGCCCUCACUUUCUGUGUUCAUAUGAUAGGGAUUUCUUUAAUACGUUUGCGUCGCCUGAAGGCGUUUUAAGUUACUCAGAAGCGUCUAUUUUCAAAGGUGUUCAUAUUUACAAUCCAGUUUUUGAUUAUGUACCCCCUGAACUAAUAACUCUUUUAAUAUCUAACAUUGGUGGACAUGCACCCUCAUACUUUUAUAGGUUACUAAGUGAACUUUAUCAUGCAGAUGAUAGCGAUCUAUAAUUUCUUUUGUCAUAAGUCAAAAUUAGCAAAGAGUUCUCUUUUUGUGGUGAAAUGGCUUGCAAUUGCAAUUGCACUCCAACAUAGAUUUUGAGUGAGAAGAAUGAUAUCUUAAACUGGAAAAUCUUAUUGUGUGGUGGUGUAUUUUUUUUUUUUUUUUCAAGUUCUUCUUUAUCAAAGGAGAUUUAUUUGUAAUUUUGUUACCGAAAAACUGUAUCUAACAAGUGCAGAUCCACAGAUUUUAUGGCGGUUUGAUAAGAAUUCUGUUGAUCAUUCCGAGUGAAGAGCCGGGGGAAAGGACCACUGAUCUUUGGAACUCCAAUCACAACUCCGUUAUGAAAGUAUAGCAACUUUGUCAUAUUUACUGAGUUAGUCACUCGGCCAAUAUAUGUUUCUCAAGUGAGGACUCAUUCAAUUCUGUCCACCUCUUUAUAGAUUAAGGGAGAGUUUGAGAAGCUGAAGCCCCGGGCAGAAAGUUACCGAGACAAGGCGGUAGAUUUCAAAAGUGACUGUCUUUUUUUUCUUUGCUCUUCAACCUGUUUUGUCGCGAAGAAAAAUGACACAAAAUUAAACUGCAAAGAAAUAAUGAAAGUCAUUGCUUUUGAAAUCUGGAGGCAGCAAAAUCGUAAAUCCAGCCCUGUAUCCAUACCUUUAUACAACAAUCUCUAAAAAUUUUGUCAGAAAAAUUGAGUAAUCUUACAAUGUUGAAAAAUUGUAUCCUCUGAUAAUAUGAUUUAUUUUCACCAAAUAGUUUUUAAUAAUUUCCUGUACCUAUUUUAAAAUUAUUCCUCUGUCACAAAAUAUUUUAUGAAUUCCGGUUUCCUCUUAUUGUUAGUGUUAAUAAUGAAUUAAUUCAGGUUGUUUCAGCAAUUUUAUGUUUACUAAUUUCUGAUUCUCUAUGGAACUGUCAUCGCUAUUCUGAAAGGAAAUUACAGUUUGCAACUCCAUUUUAAUAAAUUUAAAGUUGACAGAUUCAGUUUUCCCCAGGAUUUCUCCCUACCUGCCUCAUAUUUGUUAUUUUCCUUUUUGUGUUUCCCUUCAGAUUCAGCAUUAGAAAUUAGUAUGUUGUCUAGGCAAGCACUUUGAGACACCAGUAUCCAGUUUAUCACUUCAAAACUAUCUUUUUCUUAAAUUUACAAUUUUUAAACUUAAGCAGUCAGAUUGUUUCAUUAAAGAGAAUGCGGGGAGGUUGAAGAUUGAACCUCCUGUUUUUGCGCGUAAGCUCAUGAUAUUUCCCAAAAGUACACUGUAAGUGACCCCUAUACAUAAAGGUCCCAAACUCUGAGAGGCCUCUAAAAUUUUUAUAUUCCUCAAUACAAAUUAUUGGAAUUUAAAAGCCAUUGUGUGGAACACAGAGUCCAGCAUUGAGCACUAAGUUUUGUCAUUUUCUCAUAUGAUGUAUAACCUUUCGAGCAUGAUGAGCUUCAAAAAUUAAACCAUUCAUUUGCUGAGUUUGAAAGGAACUUGCUUAAAGUGAAUUAGUUACCACUUUCAAAAGCAUUUUCUCUUGUAAAUAUGGCUCCAUUACUAAGUUGGAUUUGCGGACAAGUGGAAUUUGCCUUGCUUAGAAAUUGAUGUAAUGCUGCGCCACACUCUGUCAUCAUACGGCAAAAUUUUGGUUCUUCUCUAAUAGCUUUUUUCUCAAAUAAAAAAUGUACGGGCACAACACAGUUGUCUUAUUCAGUGGCGUGGCAUGAGUUGCGAUGUAUCGAUUGUUGUGCCAUUUAAACCUAUGGUAAAGAAUCGAUUAUUACCCUGUUUAUCGAUCCUUUCUUAUAGGUUUAAAUGGUAUAACUCAUAUUACAAAAAAACUUUAGUUAACACUGAACUCUUUUAUAUUCCAUGCGAUGUUGUUUAAGCCAAAAAUUUUACCUCUCUAAAGAGAUUUUAUCAGAUGAAACUUUUUUUAUUAACAUCUUGCAUUAAUGUAAAAUCGGUCUGUGAUCAGAAUAAAACAGAUAAAAUUUC